AUGAUGUCGCAGAAGCCCCUUGGCUUGGUAGGUUGCAAUCUAUUCCAGAGUUGUAGCAUACUCGUGGUGAGUUCUCAGAAGGCGCUCCUCGACCUCCCUUACCACCUCGAUUCCCUCUUCUACUAUUUGAUUUCCCCUUCUGGUUGGAUCUUCCCGGUUAAGCUGGUUGAGAGACAUAUUGAACUUCCAUUGUCCCUUCUCCAACCUUUGUUAAGGUCACCUGUUGUAAUUCCUCUUGCUCCUUGA